CAGCUCUUGGGCACGUCGGAGGGGUAACCUGGGCCGCUUCGCUCGCCCGCCGUCCUCAUUCUUUUUACAACGUCCGUUCAUUGUCAACAGCAUCGAGGAUUUAAAUUAACAGCAUCACGAUACAAUGUCUGAGACAGCGCAGACGCCUGAGAAGAAGGCUUUAGCCGAAGCCAGCUCUCCGGUACAGCCGGCGCCUGCUCAGGCCAGCUCUCCGGCCCAGCGGGCUUCUGGUCAGGACAGCUCUCCAACACAACCGGCUCCUGCUGAAGCCAGCUCUUCAGCACAGCCGGUCGCUCCUAUCUCUAUCCUCGCGCCGGAGCACUGGACUCAACAGGACCUUGGUGAUGGGGACGACGACUCUGCUCUUGGCGACGACAAAUCUGAUUCAGAUGCGUCCCUGACGUCUUCGAUCCUCAGAUACAGGACGAUCCACGGUCGAACAUAUCAUAGCGAGAGGGGGGACGCUCAGUAUUGGGGAGCCAACGACGACGGGCACAAUGAGUCGCUUGACAUCAUGCAUCAUUGCUUUACUCUAUGCCUUGGGGAUAAGCUCUACCUAGCACCCGUCGAAGCUCCCAAGAAAGUACUCGAUAUCGGAACCGGCACUGGACUCUGGGCUAUUGAUUUUGCGGACAAGUUUCCCGAUUGCGAUGUCAUUGGGACCGACAUCUCGCCCAUCCAACCUACCUGGGUUCCACCAAACCUCCGAUUUGAGAUAGAGGACUGCACCCAGGAUUGGACCUUCCCGGCCAAUGAAUUCGACUACGUCCACAUCCGAUACCUGGUGGGGAGCAUCGCCGACUGGGCCGCACUCUACAAGCAGGCCUUCCGGGCCCUGAAGCCGGGCGGCUACCUCGAGAGCUACGAGGCCUCCCCGAACGUGUGCACCGACGACGACACCCUACCGCCGAAGAGUGCCACCGCCCAGUGGGGCCCGCUCUUCAUCGAGGGCGGCAAGGCCAUUGGCCGGAGCUUCACCAUCGUCGACGAGCACCUCCAGCGGAAGGCCAUGGAGGAGGCCGGGUUCGUGGACAUCCAGGAGAAGAACAUCAAGUGUCCCACAGGUGGCUGGGCCAAGGACCCAAAGAUGAGGGAGAUUGGGCGGUAUUCACAGCUGGCUGUUCUACAGGACAUUGAGGGAUUCAUCCUCUUCAUGACUGCCGUGCAGAAGUGGACGAGGGAGCAGGUCCAGGUAUAUAUGGCGCAUCUCCAGAAGGAGCUUAGGGCUGGACACUACCAUGUCUACUACUGGCAGAAGGUUGUAUGGGGACGGAAGCCGGAGGUGUAAUUGUUGAUUACGGAUUAGUGUGGGCAGCUGGAACUUAUUAGCUGAGUGUGGCCCUGCUGCAAACUCUCCAUUGGAAU